CCCCGGGCGCUGCCGAGGCGCGGCCGCUGCUCCUCCGGCCCCGCUGCACCGGCGUCCCCGGGAUCCCCGCCUGCUCCUUCCCCUGGUUCCCGGCCCUCGCCGGCAGCGCGGGGGUCGGUGCCGCGCAGCGGGCCGGGCGCGGGGGACGCGGGGCGGCCUGUGGGGCUGCCGGCAGCGCUGUGCGGGUCACCUUCGGUGCACCAUCGCCGUCCCGCGUCCCCGCUGCAAGCCCGGCUCGCCGGGUUCCCGUGGGAGAGAGCGGAGAGGAGGAGGGUGCCCAGAGGGCUGGAGGUGGGAAGGGUGGGCAGGUGGGUCCGUGCGGCCCCUCGGGGCAGACCUGGAGCACUGCUAGCGGCUCUCCGGCCUAGGGCCGAGGUGUUGGGGAGCUCUGUGCUGCUAGGAAAUCACGUGUAUCCCCGGAGCUAGGGGGUUUCAUCCUGUAGGGUGGGGACAAAAGCCCUGGGACGGGCUGGCUGUGCUGCUGAGGCUUCGGAGCGCUCGGGCUGCCCGGGCUGCCCGUCACGGUUUACUUUUGUUACUGCCGUGCUUUGAAAUUGCAUUGCCCAAAAAGUGGAAUUCCGUGUGAGCGUCUCCUCCUGUUUUUGUAGAAGGAUUACAGAAGCGUGUCCUGGUUUUGGCUGGGAUAGAGGUUAAACUGAGGUUGAAACAAGAGAAGAUGAGGAACAAAACAUCAAGUUGGCUGAAAUCUUGGAACUGUUGGUGGCUGCUGGGUAUUUUCGAGCAAGAAUCAAGGGGUUAUCACCAUUUGAUAAGGUGGUGGGAGGCAUGACGUGGUGUAUCACUACCUGCAGCUUUGAUAUCGACGUGGAUUUAUUAUUUCAGGAAAACUCUACUAUUGGUCAAAAAAUUGCCUUAACUGAAAAAAUCGUGUCAGUAUUACCAAAAAUGAAGUGUCCACAUCGUUUGGAACCACAUCAGAUCCAGGGACUGGAUUUCAUUCAUAUAUUUCCUGUUGUACAGUGGCUGGUGAAACGUGCAAUAGAAACAAGGGAAGAGAUGGGAGAUUAUGUCCGUUCUUACUCUAUAUCACAGUUUCAAAAAACCCACAGACUGCCAGAGGAUGAUGAAUUCAUGCAAAGAAAAGAGAAGGCACUCAAAACGGUUACUGAUAUCUUUGAGGUUUACAAACCCCAGAGAAAAUACAAACGUCAGGCAGGAGCUGAGGAACUGCUGGAUGAGGAAUCAAAGGUUCAUGCUACACUUCUGGAAUAUGGCAGGAGAUACGGAUUUAGCAGACAAGCAGGAAAAACAGAACAGGCUGAAGAUAAAAAAGCAGUGCUACCUCCAGGGCUUGCAGCAGCAGGGAAAGCUGAGCCUUGUGAUGAAGAUGAUCUUCAGGCUGCUGAAGAGCUUCGCAUUAAAACUCUGAUGACUGGAAUGGCUGCAAUGGCAACAGAAGAGGGCAAACUGACAGCAAGCACAGUUGGCCAGAUUGUUGGACUCCAGUCAGAUGAGAUCAAGCAAAUUGUGUCUGAAUAUGCUGAAAAGCAAUCUGAGCUUUCUGCUGAGGAGCGACCGGAACGGCUUGGAGCUGCCCAGCAACACAGAAGGAAGGUGGCAUCUCUCAACAAGCAGAUUUUGCAGAAAACCAAACUCCUCGAAGAGUUGCAAGCUAAAUGUGCUGAUCUGCAGGCAAAAUGUACCAAAGCAAAAGAGACAUUAACAGAGGUUAAGAGUUACAGUGAAAAGCUGGACAAGGAAUUGGCAGCUUUAGAAACAAUAGAAUCCCAAGCAGAUUCUAGCAUAUUACAGAGUCUGCGAGCACUGGUGGCCAUGAAUGAAAACCUAAAAAGCCAGGAGCAAGAGUUCAAAGCACAUUGUAGGGAAGAAAUGGAGAGACUACAACAAAAUAUUGAGACUCUGAAAGCUGAAGCAGCGGAAAAUGGGGAGGAACAGGAGCCAAAUAAGAUUAUAGAACAGCAGUACAAAGCUGAGAAAGAGAAACUUCAAAAGAUCCGCCUGCUACUGGCACGAAGAAACAGAGAAAUAGCCAUUUUACAACGCAAGAUUGAUGAAGUACCCAGCCGAGCUGAGCUCACACAGUAUCAGAAGAGAUUUAUUGAACUUUACGGUCAGGUCUCAGCAACUCACAAAGAAACGAAGCAGUUUUUUACUCUUUAUAAUACACUGGAUGACAAGAAAGUAUAUUUGGAAAAGGAGGUUAACUUACUGAAUUCUAUCCAUGACAACUUCCACCAAGCCAUGGCGUCGUCCGGAUCUCGGGAGCAGUUUUUGCGGCAGAUGGAGCAGAUUGUAGAAGGCAUCAAACAGAAUCGAAUGAAGAUGGAAAAGAAGAAGCAAGAAAACAAAAUGAGAAGAGACCAGUUGAAUGAUGAAUACUUAGAGCUUCUAGAGAAACAGAGGCUUUACUUCAAAACAGUGAAAGAAUUUAAAGAGGAAUGCCGUAAGAAUGAAAUGCUGCUGUCCAAGCUGAAAGCCAGUUCUUCCUGAAGAACUCCAGCUGGGGAAAUUUAUAGAAGAUUGUUCAGUCCAUUGAAUCUCUUUUGUGAGGUGACAAUUAUAACUGCAAUGUAGAUGUAUAUAUAUAGAUAUAUAUAAAAAAUAUCUAUACACACAGCUGUAAAAGUCUGUUUUUUCCAGUAUGUGUUCAGUUUACAUUCCCUCAUCACAUGGCUGUAUUAUUCAUUAUUGCCUCCACUACACAGUAAAGAGUUAACACAGUACAGCAAAAUAGAAAUACUGUCUAAUUUUAUUUAUUUGGGUUUGGGGUUUUUUUCCCUACGUUAAGGACAGGACAGUGGGAAUGUUUUUUUAUUUGGGUUUUAACACUGAAUUAGGUGAAAAUUCUGGAAUAAGUUUACAUAUACUGUGUAGUAUGUCCUCCACCCCACAGGAUGAGCACUGCAGAAUGCAGUAGUUGGUUAAUUUUGGCCCAAAAAAACCCCACAGAAUGAGAUUCUUCAAACUCGGUUUUCCAGCUAAUAACGUCACAUUAUUUUAGUUUAUACUCUAGCCAUAUAUAGGAUUCCAAAGGAUAACAAUUAAUUUCUAAUGGCUAAGAAAAUGAAAACUUACCUUGGAUAAUUCCUGGUGUAAAAUUAUAGAUCUAUAUUUUUAUAAAGUCUAGUUGUUGUAUAAAUUUCCUUGAAAUUUCAUUUUUAUAUAUAGAGAGUGUGCUUGUUAAAUUAAUAGCUCCAGGAAAAAAACACCUUAAUACUAGGAUCACCACGUUAUCCCUGGCUGGGAUGAAAAUCAGAGUCUGUCACCUGUAAUAUAGGAAGAUAAAGAUUGAGAUAUUCUGCUCUAAUGAACUGAUGCUCACCUUUGAAGACAACAACCUACUUACCCUGCUGAAGACUUGCUCUUGAAAGUUCAGAAACUUUGUGGGACACUUUCUGAGACAUUUUUAUAUCUGUAUAUACAGUAUUUUAUAAUUCAAACAGUUGCUUUUUGUACUUAACACCAGGAUUUUGGACUGACUUCUUAAUGUACCUGACAUCUUCAGGAGAAGAAGACCCACGCUCCUUUUUCCCACUGACACUGAUGACAGCGCUGUUCGAUUACUGUCUAUGGCAGCAGAUAGAAAAUAAACAAUGUUUGGAAUCCA